ACAUGCUCACACAAACACACUCGGUGGCUCUCACUCUCCCUUGUCUCUCUCUCAUUUCAAGACUGUGACACUCACGCGCACACACGGGCGCCUCGCCUCCAGGUUCAAGGGGAUAGGAGUCAAUAUUUGACGGAGCAGAGAAGGAAGGAAGAAAGAGAGAGAGAGAGAGAGAGGGGGAAAGCAGAAGUGUGUUUCUCCUCUGUGCACUAGCAUUAGAGAUUCCUGGAACGUGGAACUUGGACUUGAAGGCUCAUAAAGGAGGUUUUUCCCCCCCCCCAGACGCAGGUGGAUACUAACUUUACAGAAGAGUGGGGAGUUAAAGAAAAGGGGAUUAAGCUUUUCCUUAUUUUUUGGGUCAGACUUUUGGACUUGGAUUGGGCAAGGCAGCCAUAAGAGAGGAGGGAGAUGGGGAGAUGGACAUUAAAUCUCUUGGUGGGGGUUGUACUUCUUGCUGUCCUCACAGCCAGUUGCUACGCUGAAAAAGUGAAUCACUGUCUGGCUACGAGGGCUAGCACCUGUUCAGAAUGUAUUCAGUCAGGGAAGGGCUGUGCCUACUGUCCAGAUGAGAUCUUUGAUGGACCCCGCUGCGACCUUUAUGACAACAUCGUAAACCACGGCUGUAAUAGCGCGGUGACAGCCAAAAGCAGUAUGUCGAUGGAGAGAAACGAGCAGAUCGACAUGCUGUUGAAGCAGUCCCAGGUAGCUCCUCAGGAGAUGUCUAUGACUCUGCUGCCAGGGGAGGAGAGGGAGAUAGAGAUGGAGGUGUUUGAACCAGCUAAAGGACCUCUGGACCUCUACAUUCUUAUGGACUUCUCCAACUCCAUGGAGGACGAUCUGGACAACCUCAAGAGAAUGGGUGCUGAGCUGGCGGCGUUGGUAAGUAAGCUGUCUGAUGAUUACACCAUCGGUUUCGGCAAGUUUGUGGACAAAGUGGUGGAACCCCAGACAGACAUGAGACCAUCCAAACUUGCCAAGCCUUGGCCCAACAGCGACCCUCCCUUCUCGUUCCGUCAUGUGAUCACUCUGACCUCUGACCUGCGGUCCUUCACCGAGAAGCUGCAGAAGGAGAGGAUCUCAGGGAACCUGGACGCUCCGGAGGGGGGCUUUGACGCCAUACUGCAGGCUGCAGUCUGCGGGGAAAAGAUCGGCUGGCGUAGCCAUGCCACCCACCUCCUGGUCUUCUCCACCGAGUCGGCCUUCCACUACGAGGCMGACGGUGCCAACGUGCUGGCGGGCAUCAUGCCACGCAACGACGAGCAGUGCCACCUGGACCCCGAGGGGAAAUACACAGAGGACACCAGGCAGGACUACCCCUCUGUGCCCACCCUGGUCCGCCUGCUCGGCAAACACAACAUUAUCCCCAUCUUCGCCAUCACAAACCACUCCUUUACCUAUUAUCAGAAGCUUUAUGAGUAUUUCCCCAUCGCUGAGUUGGGUCUGCUACAGGAAGAUUCUGCUAACAUCCUCAAUAUCCUGGAGAAAGCCUUUGAGAAUAUCCGUUCUAAGAUCAGUAUCCGUGCUGAGGACAGGCCUAAAGCUAUAGAAGCUCAGGUCCUAUCGUACAGUGGCAGUGUUGCGCAGGCUGGAACCUUCAAAGUCAAGCCUGGACAAAUAGGGAAGUUUAAGGUGCGUGUCAAGGCCAGUGAGAUGGUUGGGGAGCAACAUGUGUGUAGUCUGGAGCAGGGUGACAAGAAGGGGAAGAUGAGAGUCAAACCGACAACCUUCAGCACAGCUCUAAACAUCAACGCUGAAGUGCUUUGUAAAACCUGCGACUGUGAGAAGACCCCCACUGAAAAUGCAGUGCGGUGUACAGGCCACGGGGACCUGGUCUGUGGGAGGUGCCGGUGCUACAGUGGCUGGUUGGGUCCGUUCUGUAACUGCUCUGCCAGCGCGUCUACGGAUCCGGGCACUUCCUGUCGGGGUCCUGGAGUGGAGGAGCCGUGUUCUGGCCGAGGAGAUUGCCUGUGUGGAACGUGUGUUUGUUACAACACGGACCAGUACGAGGGACCCCUCUGUCAGUUUGACAAGUCCCAGUGUCAACGAUACGGAGGUUUCCUCUGCAACGACCGUGGUCGCUGCUUCAUGGGCCAGUGUGCGUGUGCAGAGGGCUGGGAGGGACCGGCCUGUGAGUGUCCCAUGAGCAACCAGACCUGUCUGGACACUAAAGGGGGCAUCUGUAACGGGCGGGGUGUGUGUAAGUGUGGUCGUUGUGAGUGCCAGGACUCUGGCCUGGCCAUGACCCCCACCUGCGAGGCUAACUUUCAGGCUCAGCUGGGGAUGUGUGAGGACAAGAGGAGCUGUGUCCAGUGUCAGGCCUGGAAGACCGGKGAGAAGAAGGACAGCGACAAGUGCGACCAGUGCCAGUUCAAAGUGGUCAUGGUGGAAGAGCUCAGGGAAAAUAAAGAGGUGAUUGAGGCGUGUAGUUUCCGUGACGAGGAUGARGACUGUACGUACCACUACACCGUGGACUACCCUGAGGACCAGACUGACAAGGAACUGGAAGUCCAGGUGCUCAAAAAGAAAGACUGUCCCCUGCUGGCUUCCUGUGGUCUGAUCCCCAUCAUGUUCCUCAUGCUACUGCUGGGUCUGCUGCUCUGCUGCUGGAAGUACUGCGCCUGCUGCAAGGUACUGUCCACAUGUCUUGCUCUACUGCCAUGGUGUGAGAGAGGCCGUAUGGUUGGCUUUAAGGACCAGUACAUGCUCCGCCAAUCCCUGCUCACCUCUGACCACCUGGACACGCCUAGUGAGGACCGGCCCGCCAAGAGCACCGACGUGGUUCGCUGGAAGAUCACCGACAAUGUGCACCGAUCGCCCAAUCACCCGCUGGCGCAGGUCCAGCCAAACCCCAAGAGACCAGUGAGUGUGAAGUACAUUUUUUCUGAAUUUGUCUAAAUCAUGUUUUCUCAUAUUAUCAUUACUGAUAUUGUUUUGUGUUUCAGAUUACAGAGAAAUGCUGGUAAAAGAGCUGACCACGCCAUCGUAGACACCGUUCUGUCCGCUCCUCGCUCCAGCUACCCAACUCGUCAAACUGACUGAGAAAACGUCCAGUCUGGAAACUUCCAGGAUCUCAAAGUGGUGCCGGGCUACUACACAGUGGCCACAGACAGAGGUCUAGGCGGCUGGUGCGUGGAGUUCCAGGAGGGGGUAGAGAUGGUGGAUGUACACGCGCUCUUCGUCAAGGAGGAAGAUGAUGAUAAGAAGCAGCUGCAGGUGGAGGCGGUGGACGUUCCUCUGGGCAUCGCUGAGAUAGGAAGAGCUUCCUAAAAACUGUGUGUCUCUCUCUCCUCUUCAGCCAAGAGUGUUAUGUCGUUCCUCCAGCCUUCGUACACCUACAGCCGACAGGACAAAGUGGCUAACAUCCCCAUUACUAGAGAGAUCAUAGAGGAUGGACACGCACAGGUCAGCUACCGCACCCGAGACCUCACCGCCAAGGACAAGAAGGACUAUGUGACAGUGGAUGGGGAACUGUCCUACGGGCCAGGGGAGACCCAGCAGACUGUCCCUGUUCGUUUGUUGGAGAUGGGAGAGGGAGAUGGUCUGCUGAAGGACACACAGGUCAAACAAUUUGUCAUGGACCUCAGUAACCCAAGACAGGGUGCAAAGCUGGGACGCUACCCCAGAACCACCGUCACCAUCACUGACAAACCAGAGCCCAGUGUGGUGAUGUUUAUGAAGAGCACCCAGAACUUCUCCACCGCCGACCCAACCUACUCCAUCCCCGUGGUCCGCACCCGCAAUAAGGAGGGGCCCGCCACCGUCCACUGGAGGACACGCAACGCUAAACGCUUCGAGCUGUCCGGCCCCCUAAAGUUUGGUCCCGGGGAAACAGAUAAGAACAUUGUGAUCGAUCCACGCUCUCACCCUGGCCCGGUGAAACCAGAGUCCUUCCAACUGGAACUGUUUGACCCCAGUACGAAAGCUGUGGUCGGAGAGAGGAAGACGACGAUGGUCACUAUUACUGAUGGAGGACUUCCAGACAAUGCCCAGAUGGAGAAGAGUGCGGGCUUCAUCAACCAGACAGCCACGUCUCCUGGUGGUCGUCUCAACUCUCCCACCAACGUGAAGGCCAAAGCCACCGGCCCCCGGAGCAUCCGCCUGAACUGGGACCCCGUAGGAAAAUCCCUGGGCUACAAGGUGAAGCAUUGGAUCUAUGGGGAUCCUGAGGCUGAUGCCCCCCCUGCGAUGAAUGUGAAGACAACCCAUGCUGAUCUGGCCAACCUGUACCCCUAUUGUGACUACGAGACGAAGGUGUGUGGCUACAACGCCCUGGGAGACGGAAACUACAGUGACAUGGUGCCCUGUAAGACCCUGGAGGAUGUCCCCAGUGAGCCCGGUCGUCUGGCGUUUAACGUCAUCAGUCCAACUGUCACUCAGGUCAGCUGGGCGGAGCCUGCCGAGACCAAUGGUGUCAUCACCGCCUACGAGGUCCUCUACACGCCCAUCAAUGACGACACGAAGCCGAUGGGUGCAGCUAAGAAGGUGAAGAUAGACAACCCUAAGAAGAGGAUGUUGCUGAUUGAGAACCUGCAGUCGGCCCAGACCUACUGCUAUCAGGUCCGGGCUAAGAACAGCGUGGGUUGGGGUCCCUUCAAAGAAGCGACCAUCAACCUGGCCUCCCAGCCCACCAGACCCAUGUCCAUCCCUAUCAUCCCAGACAUCCCUAUAGUGGACGCGGAGGCGGGGGAUGAGUACGACGGCUACCUGAUGUACAGCAGUGAGGUCAUGAGGUCGCCAACAGACUCCAAGAGACCCAGCGUCUCAGACGAAGAACCAAUGAACGGCAGGUUGGAACAGAACUUCCUCUUCCCCGGGGGAAAUAAUUCCAUGUCGCGCAACAUGUCUUCAUCCAGCUACAGCCAGGUAUCUCCCAUGUCCACCCUCAGCUCCAGCCACCGAGGGGGGGCCGGGGGGUCCAUGUCCAUGGAGUCCACCACAACAUACCUCUCUGGACAAGGAGGAAACUCUCUCUCCCGCACUCAGGUGAUUGGGGGCGGGACGCGCACAGAGAAUGUUGUCAUGAGGAAACGAUCAGAGAACAGAGGUUACUAUGAGUAUGACGACAACAUCCGAGAUUCCAUCAUCAUAGGAGACCUGUCCAGUGGAUUGUCUGGAUACACAGAUGGCCAAAACGCUCGUUUGGCCCCUGGGGUCCCUGACACCCCCACCAGGUUGGUGUUCUCUGCCCUGGGCCCCACUGCCCUGAAGAUCAGCUGGCAGGAGCCCCACUGUGAGAGGGAUGUUUUAGGGUACUGUGUUCUCUACCAGCUUCUCAAUGGAGGUGAUGUGAAGCGUAUAAACAUGUCCAGCCCCGCAGACAACUCCGUGGUGGUGCAGGACCUGCUGCCUAACCACUCCUACCUGUUCAAGGUGAAGGCUCAGAGUCAGGAAGGCUGGGGACCGGAGAGGGAGGGAGUCAUCACCAUAGAGUCAGCUGUCGACCCCAACAGCCCACUCAGCCCAAUGGCAGGUUCUCCCUUCACUCUCAGUACCCCCAGUGCUCCAGGCCCCCUGGUAUUCACAGCGCUGUCCCCCGAGGCACUGCAGCUGAGCUGGGAGAAACCCCGCAAACCCAACGGAGACAUCCUGGGCUACGUGGUCACCUGUGAACAUCUGCACGGAGGAGGUGACAUGCGUUCCUUCCAGGUGAGCGGUGACAGCGCUGAGACCAGUCUGACAGUUCCGGACCUGAGUGAGAACAUGCCGUACAAGUUCAAAGUUCAGGCCAGGACGACCCAGGGCUUCGGCCCCGAGAGGGAGGGCAUUAUCACCAUCGAGUCUCAGGAUGACGGCGGUACGUCUCAACUAGGAGGCCUAGGCGGUAUGACUCAACUAGGAGGUCUAGGCGGUAUGACUCAACUAGGAGGUCUAGGCGGUACGUCUCAACUAGGAGGCCUAGGCGGUAUGACUCAACUAGGAGGCCUAGGCGGUAUGACUCAACUAGGAGGUCUAGGCGGUACGUCUCAACUAGGAGGUCUAGGCGGUACGUCUCAGUACAGCAGUCAGUCCUUGACCAAGAGAGAUGUGUACCAACUUCCUACAGAGGGCAGCACACACACCAACGUCACACACACCAUGAUCAACGACCCAUACUACUCAGGAGAUGGUAUGAUGAUGGUGGGGAAGACGACCCAGCACACAGAGACCAGCGGCAUGGUGACUCGUCAUGUGACGAAGGAGGUGGUGCAGAGGAGCAUGCAAGUGGCCGGCACCAGCAGCYUCACCAAGAAGGUCGAGAGGUCAUUCUACGAGACCUGAAGUCAAAGGUCAACAACAAGAUGGCGGCGUCCACGGUACCCAACAUGUCCUCCUCUCUGUCUGUUACAAACAAUGGCUCCUGUCCUCCCAUCGGACACGGGAUUCAUUUUCAUUCUUAAUGAUUUAGUUUUGUCGUUUGUUUCUAUUUUGUCGCAAACAUUUUACAUUCAAAGAACUCUACCACCCCCACAAAGAGAUGUCUUGUUGGAAGUUUGUAAUUCUCUAUUGCUUCUACCUGAUACCACACCGAGGGUUUAGAUAAGGCAAGGUCCAUUAAACUUAUCUGAGGUCGGUUCUCAAUAGUUAAAAGUAGAGUUGGCUCCUGCUAAUAUAUCUUUUGACAGAGAUUAGCUGAGAGGUAAAGAGAGGGAGAGUAGGUAAGAGGUUUUGUAUUGGUCGGCUACUUGUCUGCAACAUGCCUACAGGUUAUUAAAUUGAUGACAUGUCUGCCUUUUCUUGUAGGGGUUCAUUGUGUUAUUAGAUUGUUGGUAACUCUCACAGCAUUUACAAAUAUAUUAGACUGAUGUGUUUUCUGUACGUCAGAAGAAAUGGAAUUGAAAUGUUGAUGCCAAAUACUGUAUUGCAAUGUAUUGUUUGUGUAAAAAUAUGUUUCCUAUGGUUUUGCAUAUUUCAUUUCCAUUUAUUUUUUCCCCAUGCGUAUGUGAACAAAUUUAAUAKAUUCAUAAUGGUCCUCUGUAGCUCAGUUGGUAGAGCAUAGCACUUGCAACUCCUGGAUAGUGGGUUCGAUUCCCGGGACCACCCAUGCCACCUGAAAAAAAAGCGUUUGCUAAUUCGCAUAAAUUAUAGUUCUAAUUUAGAUAUAACCUCAAAUAAGGUAUUCCCAGGUAACAGCAUUUCAUAGUUAAAGUGUGUCUCAUUACUGUGUCAUUGUUUCUGAUUGAGUGCUAUGGUCUAAAACCUUUUGUGUCUAACUAAUAUAUUCUAGCAUAACUUAAACGACUUAGUCCGGAUAUUUCUGAGACAAAAAAAAUAUUGUAUUGCCUUUAUAAUGUAUUUUCAAACCUAUGUUGUGCUUUAGUUCAAUUCAAAAUGCUGUCCAUUGUAAAGAGUCCUUACACUUAGUAAGACAUGGCGUGAUGAAUAUCAUUAACAUUUCAUAAAUAUACCAACAAAAAUGUAUAAGGCAAAGCUUUUUUAUACUUUUUCAUCAUAUCUAUUCAUCAGUUACUUACUGUUUUUUAUAUCUGUCUAUUUUAUUACACUUAAUAAAGAUUGAAUAUAAACCAC